AUCCAUUUGUAAACAACUGGUGGAUUAUUACUAUAAAGACACUGCUGCUAGCUUCAACUUGCCCUCUCUCUCCCUGCUUCCUCCUCUUCUUCUUGAAGAAAAGGCAAAUGGGGAAUUGUCAAGCUGUAGAUGCCGCAACUCUAGCAAUACAGUACCCCAGUGGGAAAGUAGAAAAGCUGUAUUGGCCUGUGAGUGCUGCUGAGGUUAUGAAGAUGAACCCUGGUCACUAUGUGGCUCUUCUCCUCUCCACCACCUUGUAUCCGACGCAUAAAAAUGGUGAAUGCCCCAACCCCACCAACAACAACAGCAACAACUCUGUUCGGAUAACAAGAAUUAAGCUUCUUAAGCCUACUGAUACUCUUGUUCUUGGUCAUGUUUAUAGACUCAUCACUACUCAAGAAGUUAUGAAGGGACUGGUGGCUAAGAAAGAAGCAAAGCAGAAGAAAGACCAGUCAGCAGAGAUGCAGUACAUAGGGCUGGAGAAGGAUCAUCAGGUGACCAAAAAUGAAAGAACCAGAACAAGAACAGCAACGGCUACCAACUCUGCCAGCGCCGCAGCCAGAUCAAGAACAUGGCAACCCUCACUUCAAAGCAUCUCAGAGGCUAGCAGCUAGUCAUGUUUAUCAUCUUCCUGCCAUGCUUACAUGAAGAACAGAUCAGGUCAUCUGCACACAAUCCAGCCCUUUAUUCUGAACCUGCCAAAUUUAGAAUAUACAGAUCUUCCAUGAAGGCAGCUGGGUAGAUUUAUAGCAGAGGGAAAUGAAUCUCUGGUCCCUUUAUGUGCAUAUUUGGGUAAUUCAAAGUUGUGUAGCAAAAAGGGUAUAUGAAACAUAAUGUUUAGUAGAUGUUCUUUUGAAAUGAAGUAAAGACUUCUGCUGAAAUUGGAGGUGAUUCCUUUAA